UUAUCUGGAGAACCGUGGCAGGUGUUCAAGUCUCCGGUAUAUUAAAACCACCGCCUGAUGCCUACGGUUAAUACGCUUCACAACGCGCAGCGAUGACGAGUUGCUUUACAGGUGUGAGAGGAGUGGUGAUGGGUGUGGUGGUGAUGGCCUCCAUCGUCACCGCCUGCUUCCCGCGUCUCAAGCAGCAUCUAAAUUUCAUCCAAGAUGAUAAGGUGAGGAAGUUCCCGUGUCCAGAUGACGACGAAAUUUCUCCCUGCACGUGUACCUACAACAUAACUAUUGACCUCCGGUGCAGUAAUUUGACCAGCGAGGAGGAACUGACCUCAGCGUUCCAAGCGUCCUUCCCCAUCAACAGAGUCAAUUCAUUUGUCCUUGAAUACUCCAACAUCAGCGAGCUCAGUGAUGACGUGUUUGGGGACUUAGCUUUCGGCUCGGUGAGGCUUGACAGCAACAACCUAACGACAGUGGGGUCAGACGUGUUCAAGAACUCGUAUAAUUUCAUGGAGGAAUUUUACAUGUACGAGGAGGAUAGUGAUGUGAUGUAUGACUGGCCCCUGGAAAAUAUUAAAAGUUUCACCCAAAUGAAAACAAUCCACGUUAGUGGCCCCUAUGACACUGUAAGUGUUCUGACGUCGCAGACGCUCACCUCGGCCACACUGAGCCUCUACUACCUCACCUCCCUCGCGGACGACAUGUUCUCCGGAGCUCCUAACCUUGUCAACAUCGGUCUUACAAACACUCCGCUGAAAACUAUCCCGAGAAACAUCUUCCUGGCACUUAAAAAUCUGGAAAAUGUGGAGAUAUCAGAUGCCAAUAUAGAAACUCUGGCUGAAUCUUCCUUUGCCUUUGAUGCUGAGAACUUGACAUAUGUGGGUCUGUCAGGAAACAAUAUUAAAACCAUCUCUGUGGGAGCAUUCUCAGGUAUAUAUGAGGAGGUGCAGGUCAAUCUCUCCAACAACCUCCUCACAACGGUCGACAAAGACGUCUACUAUCCGGUCAUCGAGGAGCUCACCGACGGAUUCUUUGAUCUGAGCGACAAUCCUCUGUCGUGUGGCUGCGACCUCUUCUGGCUCGCCUCUCUCCCGGAGGAAGAGAGGAAUCGCACGAGGGGAGUGGUGUCGUCAUGCAACAUCGGCUCAAACAUAGAGCUCGACACCCUGAUAGACUUCCUGAAGUACCAGUGUUCUGUAACAACUGUAACUCCCCCUCCUGAAGACUAAAUUCCUUACAGGAAGUAAAGGCGGGGGGAAGAAGCUUGCUGUCUUAUUGUGAACAAUAUUUGUAUCGUGAUUGUGAACAAUAUUUGUUUCUCACCUGUUUUUAGACACAGUAAAGUCAUACUUAUGUAACUCACUGUGAAUGUUAUAGGAACAAAUACUUCCAAUAAAGUCGACUUCAUAAAA